AUGUCAUGGUCCCCCCCAACAAAAGGCAACAAAGUAAGCUCCCUACCACAAGCAGCACAAACACUCUUAAAAACUGCUAGAAAACACAACAUUAGUUUUGCGCCAAUAAAGAUCUCAAAAGACAUGAAAAAGAAACUACCAGUAUGGAACCACAUAGGAACCCCUACUAAUGCAUACCAUAAAAUAAAAACCAAGUGCCUAAACAAAACACACAAAUUAACAAACAUAAAAGAUCUCAUUAAGAUACACAAAAGACUCACCCACAUCAACAAUGAAGACCAACAUUACCCACAGAAAGACUGCCCCUGCCCAGCAUGCCAAAAAGACCACAGAAUAGGUUGCAAAGACCCCCACAAGUGUGCUCAGACCGCAAAUGAAAUUCUCUUUAAAAUCACCCCAAAAUUCAACACAAAAACCAAACCUAAAAAGGAUGGACUGACACUCACCCAACGAAGGCUAGAGAAAAACCAUCAAGCCCACAAGAACAGACAAGGAGAGAUCCUCUUUGACCCAACCACCACCAUCUGCUCCAACCUUGCAGACAGUUUCAGAAUCUUCGUGGACCCAGAACAUAUCUCCCCCACUCCAGCACACAGACUAAGAGUGCCAGCAAGAGGCCUAAAUCUAUUACAAGACCAUAUUACAAUUUUUACCAAUGGCUCAUGUAUCAACAACAGGAAAGAAAACUCACAAAGUGGAGGCAGCAUCUGGCUCAGAGAGAACCACCCAAAAAACCUUGCCUUCAGAAUCCCAGGGAACAAACACUCUAACCAAAUAGCCAAUGUAGGGAAUGAGAUUCCUCCAGGCAUAUAUUGUCCAUAUUACGACUCACGACAAUUGGUACAGUGUACAACUCACCCUCCAUGA